AUGGCAGGAGGUCAGUUCUCACCAGCACUGCUGGUGCUUCUUUGCCAUGUUCUCUCUGGCAGCUCUUCCUUCCAGCCGGCUCUGGUGCUGGACAUGGCAAAAAUUCUACUAGACAACUACUGCUUCCCUGAGAAUCUGCUCGGCAUGCAGGAGGCCAUUCAGCAAGCCAUCAACAGUGGAGAAAUCCUCAAAAUAUCUGACCGCAAGACCUUGGCAUCUGUGCUGACGGUUGGCGUGCAGGGUGCACUCAAUGACCCUCGGCUAACUGUGUCCUUCGAGCCAAACUUUGUCCCAGUGAUGCCGCCCGCCCUCCCUUCUCUCCCCACUGAGCAGCUCAUCCGUCUGGUAAGGAACUCUGUGAAGCUGGAGGUCCUUGAAAACAACGUGGGCUACCUGAGGAUCGACCAGAUUAUAGGGGAGGAGACGGCCGCCAAGCUUGGCCCUCUGCUCCAGGAUAACAUCUGGAACAAGGUCGCCCACACCUCCUCGUUAAUUUUUGAUCUGCGCUACAGCACAGCUGGGGAGCUGUCUGGAGUCCCUUUCAUCAUCUCCUUCUUUUCCGACCCAGAACCUCUCAUUCACAUUGACACAGUGUUCGAUCGACCCUCUAACACCACUAAGGAGCUGUGGACUAUGUCAUCUAUCAUGGGAGAGAGGUAUGGAAAGCAAAAGGACCUCAUCAUAUUAACCAGUAAGCGUACUAUAGGAGCGGCUGAGGCAGUCGCCUACACUCUGAAGCAUUUGAAGAGGGCGAUCAUUGUUGGAGAGAGGUCAGCCGGGGGGUCAGUGAAAGUUGAGAAGAUAAGAAUUGGAGAUUCUGGUUUCUACAUCACGAUUCCAGUGGCCAGGUCAGUGAACCCAAUAACAGGCCAAAGCUGGGAAGUGAGUGGAGUAUCUCCCUCUGUACAUAUCAAUGCCAAGGAGGCUGUUGCUAAUGCCCAAAAUCUACUGUCUGUCAGGAGUGCCAUUCCAAGGGCCGUCCAGAGCGUCUCUGACAUCAUCAGGCAGUACUACUCAUUCACAGACAGAGUACCGGCUUUCCUUCAACAUCUGGAAUCCACUGAUUUCUUCUCUGUCAUUUCAGAGGAGGACCUGGCGAAUAAACUCAACAAUGAACUGCAGUCUGUGUCAGAGGACCCUCGUCUGAUGAUCAAACUGACCCAAGAUCACCCAGUUAUUAUUGAGGAAGACUUUGAACCUGAGAACAUACCAGGCGAUCCAGCAUUUCUCAGGAACCUGGUGGAUACAAUCUUCAAAGUAAGCAUCCUAACUGGAAACACUGGUUAUCUCCGCUUCGACAAGUUUGGUGAUGUGUCAGUGAUGGUCAAAUUAGGAGAGCAGAUUGGCCAAAAAAUCUGGGAGGCCCUCAAAGACACAGAGAACCUCAUCAUCGACCUGCGAUACAACACAGGUGGGUCCUCAGCUUCCAUGGGCAUCCUGCUCUCCUUCCUCCAAGACCCGUCACAACAGUUCCACUUCUUCACCAUAUACGACAGGAUCCAGAACACCACCACUGAGUUUAACACUCUUUCCGGCCUCCCAGGCCCACCCUACGGGUCUAAACGUGGAGUGUACAUCCUGACUAGUCACUAUACCGCUAGUGCAGGGGAGGAAUUUGCUUAUCUGAUGCAGUCGCUGCACCGUGGCACCCUCAUCGGGGAAAUCACAUCCGGGACCCUGAUGCACUCCAAGUCAUUCCAGGUGGAAGACACGGACAUUGUCAUCACCGUCCCCUUCAUAAACUUCAUAGACAACAACGGGGAGUGCUGGCUAGGUGGAGGCGUGGUCCCCGAUGCCAUAGUGCUUGCUGAGGAAGCCGUGGACCACGCCCAUGGGAUAAUAGAGUUUCACAGGGAGGUUCUCUCACUGGUGGAGGGGACGGGGAAGCUCCUGGAAGUACACUAUGCCAUCCCUGAGGUCGCCAACAAGCUCAGUAGAGUGCUGCUCACCAAAUGGGCCGAGGGCUCGUAUCGAUCGGUGGUCGACUAUGAGUCUCUGGCAUCCCAGCUAACAGCUGACCUCCAGGAGACGUCAGGCGACCACCGGCUGCACAUAUUCUACUGCGACGUCGAACCCGAGUCUCUGCAUGAUAUGCCAAAAAUCCCGACAGCUCAGGAGGUGGGUUACAUCAUUGACACUCUGUUCAAGAUCGAGGUGAUGCCCGGGAACGUGGGCUAUCUGAGGUUCGAUAUGAUGGCAGACAUAGAAGUGAUGAGAGCCAUCGGCCCUCAGCUGAUCAAACUGGUCUGGAGCAAGCUGGUGAACACGGACACAAUGAUCAUCGACAUGAGAUACAACACAGGUGGUUACUCCACAGCCAUACCACUCCUCUGUACCUACUUCUUUGAUGCUGAGCCCCUGAGACACCUCUACACCGUCUUUGACCGCUCUACAACCACCAUGACCGAGGUCAUGACCCUGCCUCAGAUCCAGGGUCAGAGGUACGGCUCCACCAAAGAUAUCUACAUCCUCACUAGUCACAUGACGGGGUCAGCAGCCGAGGCAUUCACGCGGGCCAUGAAGGACCUGAACAGGGCGAUGGUGAUCGGGGAGCUGACCAUCGGAGGGUCCCUGUCCAGCGGCACCUACCAGAUUGGGAAUAGUAUCCUGUAUGCCUCCAUACCUAACCAGGUGGUCCUGAGUGCUGUUACUGGGAAGGUGUGGAGUGUCUCUGGGGUCGAGCCACACGUUGCUGCCCAGGCAAAUGAUGCUCUGAGUGUUGCACAGAGAAUCAUUGCAGCCAGGCUUUUAAAGCGAGAUAAAGGGAAAUAGUGGUCAUGUUUUAACUUCUCUUUCCUUUAAAUGUUUACUUUGUUUGUCCUGUAUUUGUGAAUUAUGUUAUUUUUCCUGUGUAAUUUCUCACAGAAAUGUUAUUUAUUACCAUUAUUUUUCUGUAACCUGACAUAAUGUAUCUGUGGUAUAAUAUAACCACCCCAAAACAAUAAGGUGGACAGAAAACAGGAAAGCUAUUUUGGUUCUCUUAUUGAAAGUCUUCAAAUAGUAGAUUGCACAUUACUAAUCAUUUAGGCACCUUAUGAAAGCGUUAUUUUUGCACCUGAAAAUAUACAGAUCAAUAACUGUCGCAGGACUUGGAUGAAAUGAGUUGCCUUCGAUGAAUUUGAUCAACCCCUCUGUGCGUCAUUUUGUAUGAGAAAUUUGAUUAGAUUUAGUAGUAAAUCCUCCUAUUCAUAUUUCAUGAAUAUCUAAAUGUAUUUUUAAUCUCUUUGAUGUAACUCUUUGGGCUACAUUUGUGUUGGCCUAAAUAUGGGUGAGGAGACAGGGUUGAUAUUUAUUUUCAUUGUACUAUCAUGCACUUCAUUUGCUUAUCGCAAAUACUUUAUACUUCUAUAUUAAUCUGCUUUUAAAUUCAUUUGUUAUUUCUCCUUUUUGUCAUUUGUCAAGUCACAUAAUGUAGAAGAGUCUUCAGCCAGUUAGUAGAGGGAGCAUUUCCCAUACAAACCUGUAGUGAACUACUGUACUCAGUUCUCCUGUUGUGUAAUAGCAUCAACGAUAACCACAUUAACUCAUUGUGAAUAGUGUAAUCUUGGUUAACCCAGUCUCGCGUAAUUGGUCACAUGCUUGAUUAAGUUCUGGGUCCAUACAUGUUAAGAGAAAAGACAAUAGAACAAGGAUCAGAACCGGAACGAAGAGCAUCCCAUUGUUUCAUGACAGAUCUACGGUACCAUUUAUGUUUACGUAGUUUGUCCACAAGAGAUUACGAAUAGUGUCAUGACCAAAUAGAGGAAACACCCAUUUUCUAUUUUACACUGGUAUAGUAGGUUGAAUAUAACUGUAGAGCAAAUGUUAUUGCUUCCUGGUAAGUUUCCUUUGAUUUUUAAUCAACA